AUGACCAUGACUAUCCCUUCUUACAUCACCGUACCAUCAUCAGCGACCCUUAUCAUCCCCUCUUCACCCGUAUCCUCAUCAUUCACCGCCACUCGAAAGGUCAUCGUCCCGUCCAGAAGACCUUCCUUCCCUCCCUCCACCGCACCACCGCCACCUACCUCGAAGAAGUUUUCUGUUCCUACCGGAUCAAUCUCUGCCAAUGUGUCAGAUUUAGUUUUGAGCUCGUUAUUACCUCCUAACCUUCCGAAGUUACCACCGACGAGUAGUAAGAGUGAACCGGGGCGAGUUAAGGAAUUGAGUUCACAGAGGGAAUCUUUGAGCGUUCCGUUGUUGUCGUACAACUUUCGAAGGUUCGUCACCAGGGUCGGACCACUUUUUUGGCUGCAAGAUAGAGUAGAAGAAGUUCUCUUUUGGAGAAAACCAAUUUGGACAUGGGGCUGGCUCAUGCUGUGGACCUUCGUCUCAUUCCAACCUCGUAUCCUCCUCUUUCUCCCCUCUUUCAUCCUUAUAGUCAUCCUCUUACAUGUUCACGAACGAACUCACCCAUUACCUUCUCUACUCGGGGUCUACCUUCCUCCACCUGCUGCAGGCACGACCCGCAUCACCUCGACUACCACCGGAUCCGGAUCGGUGUCAAAGGACGGGUCGUACACCGUCACCACAGGUACAGAAGAGACACAACCUGUGGUCCCGCCUAAAGAGGCUGAGAGUGGAGUUGAUUUUCUUGUGAACAUGCAAGCUAUACAAAAUCUCAUGUCUCUGGUAUCCGACGCAUACGACCAAAUAGCUCCUCUUAUCCUGAUCCUGACCUCUCCAUCCACUUCUCAAUCACCCACCUCGUUACCCAUCACCCCUACCCUCAUCCUUCUCUUAUUCCUCCCUCCUACCAUACUCCUUCCUUUGAUCCCAUCAUGGGCCAUCCCUUACCUCCUUCUUCCUCUCGGAUGGAUCCCUCCACUGAUAUUUCAUCCCAACAUUACUCCUUUCCUCCUCUCCCUACCCACUCACCCCACCGCACUCCACCUGCGUAGCAAAUUGGAAGAUCUAGCAAUGACCGACGCCCUUGACAAUGUUGUCGGUCGGUCUGAAAUCUCCAAAGUUGAAGUGUGGGAAAACGAACGGUUCGACUCCAGCUCGAAGCCAGUUGGGUGGGGGAGUAAGUUUCUUCGUGCUGGGGAAAGGGCACCUUGGGUGAAAGUACUGGGUGAAAGUAGUCCAUGGGGCUCAGAUAUCGUAGGGGAGGUCGAGGGUGGAUCUGGGGGUAUAAAAGAUAAGGAUGGAAAGGAAGAGAUUAUUAAGUUGAAAGAAGGAUGGGAAUGGGUACCUGGGGAAGAAUGGAGAGUAGAUAGGGAUUGGUCAAAGAAUGGUUUAGAUGAAGAUGGGUGGGUAUAUACCGACGAUUCUUGGCAAAACCCUUCAUCCUUACCCGUUACAGAACCUGAUCCUUCGAACUCUAGCGGUGGUAUGCCAGUGACUCAAAAAAGAGUCACUAGGAGACGUAAAUGGUAUAGACGAGUAUAUAGAAGUUGA